CCCCCUUCCCCCCACACGUCCCUGUAGUUCCGCGACCCCCUCUCUCGUUCUUUGCGCCCCGCCUCCCCCCCCCGCUCCGCCCCGUUCCACAGCUGGAUGGCCUCCUCAGUCGCCACUACACCCGCCACCAUGCAGCACGUUAUUUCCUGCCAUGAGUGCCACACUCCGGUGGAAAUCGACCAGAAGAUCGUCAACCUGGCCACCUCCUUCGCCAGCCAGCGCAUGGCCAGUGGGCACCUCCCGCUCGAAGCCGAUGACUUCAUCGAGAUCUCCGGCAACGACUUGGCCGAUACGCCCGGAUCGGUUAAUUUGCCCGAAGAUAUGGAUGAACGUCGCCGCAUCAUUGAUGCUGCCAUCACCAUGUUCUUCGAUUCCCUCUCCAAGCAGACACUGAUCAACCAUCCACUUUGCCACAGUUGCAAUGACCUGAUUGCCAGUCGGAUUCGCACGAAGCUCGAGCAGAUCGACCUGGAGCAGCGUCAUUUGUCGCAGUUCCUUUCCGGUCGGUCGAGCGCCGGAUUGACUCCCCAUGGCGGCGGGAGGCUGGAUCAGCUGUUUAGUUCCAGCCCCGACGCCCUGAGUACCCAAUCCACCCUGGCCCAGGACGUCAUCGAUGAGCUCAAAGCCGAAGAGGAGCGUCUCUUGCAGGAGGCGGCCGCUCUCGAAAGGGAGGCCCUCGAGCUCCAGAAAAUCUCCGACGACUUGGACAUUGAGGCGGAUCUCAUUGAUCGACAGGAAAAUAUCCUGCAGUUCCAUCUGAACCGUCUUCAACAGGACUCGGAGGAGUUCAAUGAUGAGAGUGACGCCAUUGCCUCCCUCUAUGCACACUAUUCCAUGCAGCUGGAGCGCCUCAGUGCCUGUAGCGUGAUCCAGGAUGCCUUCCACAUUUCGGUAGAUGGCCCGGAUGUGGCGUCCAUUAAUGGCCACCGCCUGGGGCUUUUCGAGAAGCUUUCCGAGCGCAAUCGCGACGAGAUCAACCACGCCCUGGGGCAUGCGUGCUUGCUGCUGCAUAUCCUUGGCCAGCACUUCCCUUUCACCUUCUCGCGGUACAAGCUUUGCCCCUUCGGCAGCCGAUCCUUCCUGGAGGUCAGCCUCGGAAGCGAUGCCGGAGGCGACUCCGGGGGCCGGCGGCCGGCUGCCAGUGAAGAUGGUCGCAAGCUCGACCUCUUCUACCCGGCCUCCUUUGCGGACAAGAUGAAGUUCCGAAGCUCCUUCAAUGAGGCCCUGGCGGCCUUCCUGGACUGCCUGGAUCAGCUGGCAACCGAGAUCAACCGGCAAAUUUCCUCGGGCGUUGGGCUGCCCCGAUCUGGCUCGUCCGGCACCGGGAUUGCCGCGGCGGCAGCAGGUGGCGCCCCCGGGUCCCCGGAGCGCUCCCAGGCAUCACCCCCACCAGGGACAUUCACCUGCCUGCCUCAUCAUUUCGUCAUCGAGAAGGGUCACAUCGACGGGCGGCCAAUCGUCUUCCCGAAUGCCAUCACUUCCUUCGAGAAGCUGUCAUCCACCUUCCUGCCUUCUUCAUCAUCCAGUGCCUCGGGUUCGGCCAGUUCCGGGUCCCUGGCCGGCAGUAGUUCCGGUCGGCGAAGCAACAUCAGCAACGAAGAGCACGAAUGGAACUUGGCGCUCAAGAGCAUGCUGAGCAUGCUCAAGUGGGCGCAGCUGUAUGUCGAUCACACGCGGAGCCGUUCUCUGUCAACCUCCGCCCCGUCCAAUGUUCGGCAUGGCGGAGGGGCGUGAGCACAGCAUGCUAAAGAUACAUACCCCCUGCUUUGCCC